UGGUUUCCCGCCUGAGCUUCAUGGACAUGGGAGUGGAGUCUGACCCUCCACUGUCGCCCGAGCUCCACUUGGGGACCAUGAAUACCUCAGACAUGUUUGAAACAGGCUGGGAGAGCUCGUCCGGCAUUGAGAGUGGGAUGUCGGGGAGCGGCAGCAGCAGCAGCAGCUCCUCUUUCAGUCCGUACGGAGGCCUCGCAGACGACAACCUCUUCCUGUGGGAUGACGCCCAGCACCUCGACGCCAACCUCUUCCAGGCCAACUUGGGCGAUUACUUUGGGGAAGAUGCUGACUUGCUCUCCCUGGCUGAUAACCAGCCCUUUGAGGACAAUGAUUUCAGUUUCCUGCAGGACAGCGCAAGCAACCUUUCAUUUGCAUCAGACAUCUCGUCCUCCUCCUCCACCAUCACGUCCUACUCCAUCCCUCGUUCGCCCGAUCAUUCCAUGACCAUGCUGGAAGAAGAGCCACUGGCGAACGCGCUUCCGCUGUCCACCUCUUCGCCCCUGAAGCCAGCUGCCGAGUCUAGAUCCUCCUGCCCGAGAUUAGCCUCGCCUGGAGCUGAGGCAGUGCAGGAGCCCUUGAUUACCAAGGUAGAGAAAGGAGGAAAUUCUGCAGCACAGACAAAUGCCCGGAGAAUACCCAGGGAAGAUCAUAGGAGCAAGGAGUCCCUGGGUCGCGAGGGUUCGAGUCCCAGGAAGAGCAAGAAGAGUCGGAGGAGUCCCCUGUCGCCGCAGUUGCAUCAGGUGACUGCUUCAGGUGUGAGCCCUUCCGUGCCCAUUAGUCUAGCUUCAGAGGCUUCACGUCCGGCAAAGAUACACACCAAAGAGAACAGUUUUUCACCGAGCAAGAAGGUUGUCAAUAUACUAGACAGUAAUGUGAAGUGGAGUGAGUUGAGUGACAGUGAGCAGAGGGCUGUCGGAGAAGGUUUAGAAAUGGUCCUAUCUCAGUGCUUGGGGGUGAGAGAGAGACUAGACCUGAUGGUCCUGCUAGAGCCAGGUUCUUUGCCAUCUGCCCCGCUGAGCUACGGUGACAUGGAGUGGACCAUCAACUUAGAUGACAAGAAGCUCGAAACUCUCCGUCGGUUUCUGCGUGGGCUGGACUGUCCUGCAGAUUCUGACCCCAACCUGGAAGUGAGCAGUAGUAAGAAAAAGAAAUCAACAGCCAAGAAAAACAAAAAACUACUGAAGGAAGAAAAGUGGCACAACUUCACCAAAGAGAAGGCGAAAUUGCCACUGGGGCGUAAGCAAGGCUGGGACCUGGGGAGCAAGCCUCUGUCCACCAAGAAGUCCCUCGUGAAGACCCCGCAGGCCAGACCUCCGGCGGGCAAGUGCUGGUCGUCACUCACCAAAGGUUCUAAGGUCAAACUGUCCCCACCGAAGCAGCAUAGCAAGAGCUCUGAAAGGCAGAAGUGCAAUACCACUGAACUGUUGCAACUACGAACCAGAUCCAGAAAAGAAUACCGUCAGCUGAUGAAGGAGAGGAGAAGCGGGCUGUUUGAGAGAGAGGAGGUCGUUACUUUAUCAGCAUCUGCAACUGAGCCGUGCAACAAACCCAGAAAAAUAGAAGAGGAGGAGGAAGAGGAUGAUAUAGAUAUUUUAGGCUGAAGAAUGUAUUUUUUUUUUAUAGAUAUAUAUAUGAUUUUCUGUUCUCGUACCUAUGUCAAAGUUUAAUACUUUUUUUUCUUUUUUUUUUGUAAAGGUGUUUUAUCUUUUUUCAUUAUAUAAAUGAUAGAUUUUGGAUUCACUGGUAUUUCAGUAAUUGGAAAUAUAGGAACAUAUUACUUUUAUUAAUUUUCUGACCUAAGAAUUAAAAGGUUUGGACAGUGUCAAAUCAUUUAUGGUCUGUAGUCAUUUUAAAUGUGGUGUUGGUACUGUACCUUCUCAAAAGAAUAUGUAACAAUGAGAUUUCAUCUUCACAUUUUCAUGAAAGCUGCAUAAAUCCUCCAUAGUUUCUUAUAGGGGUUGUUUUUUUUUUCUUCUUUUUUUCCAUUCGUACUUUGAUUCUAAACUCGGAAGCUUUAUUUACAAAUAUAAGUGGCAUCUGUUAUCUCCUAGAAGGCUUCAGUCCUGUUCAGAUAUAUCUUAUUGCAUUUUUUUUUUCCAUGUUAUGCAUAUUAUUUUAAAAAAUUUCCAUCACUUUUCUCUCCAAAAUCAUAUGUAGUAGCAUUUGUAAUACUCUAUUCAUGAUAUACUACCUCACUUUCACCUGCAGACUAAUUCUCUCUAUUUUUCUCUGUCUAAAAGUGCUUGUAUAUCUUGGGGCUCAGAGAUGGGCUUUGGAAGGUUGUUCAUUCUUUUCUAUGCAAAGCUUUUGUACUUUGUUAGUUGUCAGAAUAGUGUUUACUUUCAUCAACAGCGGUGACCUUGCUUUAUUUGUGAUGUGGGAAUGUGAGAUUAUAUGGGUUGGAUAUAUUUUUUAAUUGUAUUUAAAGUAUUCAUUUUUUAAUUUUUUGUAAAGAUGUAGAUAUAUAAUUUCCCUCAGCACUCAUUAAUUUUUUUUCCUAAAUCUUAUGAAAUACUAAAACAGAGUUCCAUGUUGUAGGAAGCUGUAAGCAACAUAUGUUUGUAUCCUCAAGAUGCACCAGAUCUUGUUCAUGUUCCUUUAAGAAUGAUAAAUGUAAUCACAGCUACUACCUCGUAAUAACCAUGUAGGCGAAUCCUUGUUAGUGGAAAACAAAAGCUGUCUAAUGAAUAACUAGAUGCCUAGAUGCUUUUCUUGGAAUACUGAAUGUAGGUUUUUGAAAUUUCCAUGCAAGUCAAAAAUUAGAUUAAAAUUAAACAGGACUGUAUUCCAUCCACAAAUCAAAAUUGUCAACUAGGAUUUUAUGUAUUUAUUUAUUAUUACUUUUUUUUAAUGUAGAGGAUCAUCAAUAUUUAUGUGGUUUUGUCUGCCUUCAAAAUUAGAGUGACAAUGAUAUCCAGUUUUAUUUUUACAGAAAAGCUCAGGUGAUUUUCAUAGAUUUCCCAUCCAUGUUGCCUUAAAUGCCACCAAACAGAGAUAGAGAAUCAUAAAGUCUAUACUAUGUAAAUGAGCAUAUUAUUUUAUUCAUUCUUUUAAAUCAAGUUAUUUAUUCUUUAUCAUAUCCCAGUUUGUAUGCUCUGUACAAGUUGUCGCACUUUAUCAACCACCAGUCGACAUAUUGCUCCCCCCCCCACAGUGGAAUUUGUGGAGGCGGUUCACACUAACUGAUAUGUUGUCUCUCAUUGCAUAUGGUGCUAGAAGUGUGAAUGUAUAGUAUGUUGAUUUUUGUAUUUUGUUUUGUUUAUACUAAAAGGUGAAAGCAGAUAUCUACUCGCAGUAUAUGAUUUUCAUUGUCAUUUUGCAUUGGUUGUAUGUAAAGAAGAUUCGCAUUUCCUGUAACUCUUGAAAUUUUUAAAGAAAUGGCAUGUAACUCUCUAAGUAUAAAACUACUAUUUCUUGUAAAAUUGAUAAUACAUUUAGCUAACUUUUCAAAUCAAACCUGAUAUUGCAUUUGGCCAACUCUUUGGUUGAUUACAGAUAUGCAACAUAUGGAGAAAGACAGAACAGUUUUGCCAGACCAUUUAGUAUCUAUAGAUAGUGAACUGAUGUUACAGAUUGUCAGAGAAUUUAUACAUUGAGAUAAACAAGAUUAAAUCCCUGUGAUAAA